GUGGUUUCAUCCCAACAUCAGUGGAAUUGAAGCAGAGAAGCUGCUCCUGACCAGGGGUGUCCAUGGCAGCUUUCUGGCCCGACCCAGCAAGAGCAACCCAGGAGAUUUCACUCUUUCUGUCAGAAGAAACGAUGAGGUGACGCACAUUAAGAUCCAGAACACGGGGGAUUACUAUGACCUCUACGGAGGUGAGAAGUUUGCCACCCUUGCAGAGCUGGUGCAGUACUACACUGAGCAGCAGGGGCUGCUGCGGGAGAAGAACAGCAAUGUCAUCGAGCUGAAGUACCCCCUCAACUGCCAGGACCCCACCUCAGAGAGGUGGUACCAUGGGCACCUCACUGGCAAGGAGGCAGAGAAGCUUCUGACAGAGAAGGGGAAACCGGGCAGCUUUCUGGUGCGGGAGAGCCAGAGCAAACCAGGAGACUUUGUAUUGUCGGUGCUGACAAAUGAGGAUAAGAUGGAGACUGGAGACCGUAAACCACAUGUGACCCACGUGAUGAUCCACUACCAGCCAGACGGGAAGUAUGACGUUGGAGGGGGAGAGAGGUUUGACACGCUCACGGACCUGGUAGAGCACUACAAGAAAAACCCCAUGGUGGAGAAAUCUGGAGCUGUGGUUCAUCUGAAGCAGCCAUUCAAUGCCACGCGCAUCAACGCAGCUAACAUUGAAAACAGAGUGAAAGAGCUGAACAAAAUGGCAGAUCACAGUGAGAAGGCCAAGCAAGGGUUCUGGGAAGAGUUUGAGAUGCUGCAGCAGCAAGAGUGCAAGCUCCUCUACCCAAGGAAGGAGGGACAGCGACCAGAGAACAAAGCUAAGAAUCGCUACAAGAACAUCCUUCCCUUUGACACCACGCGGGUGGCACUCCGAGACGUAGAUGAGAGCGUGCCUGGGUCAGACUACAUCAAUGCCAACUAUAUCAAGAGCAUCCCUGAAGACGGAAGGAACUCAGAGCACUGCAAGAUCUAUAUUGCCACCCAGGGCUGCCUGCAGACAACAGUGAAUGACUUCUGGGCCAUGGUGUAUCAAGAGAACAGUCACGUCAUUGUCAUGACAACCAAGGAGGUGGAGAGGGGCCGGAACAAAUGCUUCCGCUACUGGCCAGACAAGAGUUGCACUAAAGAAUACGGGUGCAUCUGUGUGCGAAACGUGAGCGAGCGUGAGGCCCAGGGCUACUACCUCCGGGAGCUGGAGAUCUUGCGGACUGACAGGGAUGAGCGCCCGAGACUGGUGAAGCACUAUCAGUAUUUUAGCUGGCCAGAUCACGGGGUGCCCAAUGAACCAGGAGGGGUUCUGAGCUUUCUGGACCAAGUGAAUCGGGCACAGCAAAGCAUUCCAGACACGGGGCCGAUCAUAGUGCACUGCAGUGCUGGAAUAGGACGCACAGGCACCAUCAUAGUGAUAGAUAUUCUGGUGGACAUUAUUCACAGGCAAGGUCUGGACUGUGAUAUUGACAUCCCCAAAACUAUCCAGAUGGUGCGCAGGCAGCGUUCGGGCAUGGUGCAGACGGAGGCACAGUACAAGUUUGUUUACAUGGCUGUUCAGCAGUACAUCGAGGCUGAGCAGAAGAGGUUGGAAGAAGAACAGAGGAAUAAAAGAAAAGAGCGAGACUACUUGAAUAUCGGCUACUCUCCUAUGGAAAAAGGCAGAGCCAAAGGGCAGCCCCCUUCACCACGGGCCCAGCCUGUGCCUGACGAUGAGUCAGCUUCCGUCUACGAGAACCUUAACAUCAAAAACCCAAAGGUCUCAGGGAUGAGUAAUACAGGGCGAUAA